UUUUGCCCCACCCCCCCUCCCAUGUUUGUUGUUCUUGUUAUCCCACCCCAGUCCUGUAGUCUUGUUGUCCUGUCUACCCCUUGUCAUGUUCACCAUGUUUGUCUGGUUUUUGUCUUUGUCUCGGUCUGCCUUGUCUUGUCCGUCUACCCCUUGGUGAGCACCUGGAGGUGCUCAUUAAAGGGGGGGCUUCUGUCAUGGCUCUGCUUCCUUAGUCAUGUUUUUCUUGGUCCUGUAGCAGAGCCAUGACAAAGUCUUUGGUUAUGUGUGGAGAGAAACAUAUUAUUGUCCGUUUGACAAUAAUAUACGUUCUCUCCAGUGUCUUGUCAUUGACCCCAUUCCUCUCGUUUCCUCGUUAUCUUUCCCUGAGUGUUUAAUGUCCCACACCUGCCCCAUGUCGUUAUCCCUCGUUUGUCUUCCCUAUAUAUACCCUCUUGUUUCUUUGUCCUGUGCUCUUGUAUUGCGUUGUGUACGUUGUACAUACGUUGCGUUCUGUGUGUAUGUGUAUCCCCCGUGGUGUGCUCCUGUUACCUUGCCUUGUAGCAGCUGUGGACUACCUUACCUUGUUUUGGAUGUUGUGUCGUGGUUAGUGUUUAUUGUUUCUUUUCCCCUUCAAGGGAAGUAUUUGUUUUUGUUGAGUUAUUGUGAUAGUGAUCGUGUCCUGUUUUCCCCAUUGUGGGAUUUUGUUUUCUGUUCUGUUGUUUAAUAUUAAAGUCUUGUGUUAACCCCUUCACUGCCUGCCUGCGCUUGGGUUCUUCCUGUCUAUCCCUGACAAAUAACUCUUAUAAUAUUGUUUAUCAUCAAAGGGAGAAGACAGGCUGUUUCGUCGUUUAUUCAGGAGGUAUAACCAGUUUAUUCGGCCGGUGGAAAAUGUGUCUGACCCCGUUACUGUGGAGUUUGAGGUCUCCAUGUCGCAGCUUGUUAAAGUGGAUGAAGUCAAUCAGAUAAUGGAGACCAACCUAUGGCUACGACAUAUAUGGAAUGACUACAAGCUCAAGUGGUCACCAACAGAGUUUGAUGGAAUUGAAUUCAUCAGAGUCCCAUCAAAUAAAAUCUGGAGGCCUGACAUUGUACUUUACAACAAUGCUGUUGGAGAUUUCUUGGUGGAGGACAAAACCAAAGCUCUUUUGAAAUAUGAUGGAACCAUUACUUGGGUCCCUCCCGCCAUCUUCAAAUCAUCCUGCCCUAUGGACAUCACGUACUUCCCCUUUGACUAUCAGAACUGCUCAAUGAAGUUUGGUUCCUGGACCUACGAUAAGGCCAAGAUUGACCUGGUGCUCAUCGGCUCAAAGGUCAACCUGAAAGACUUCUGGGAAAGUGGAGAGUGGGAGAUCAUAGAUGCACCCGGCUACAAACAUGACAUCAAGUACAACUGCUGUGAGGAGAUCUACCCAGACAUAACCUACAGCUUCUACAUAAGACGGUUGCCCCUGUUCUACACCAUCAACCUUAUCAUCCCCUGCCUUCUCAUCUCAUUCCUAACCGUGCUCGUCUUCUACCUUCCAUCAGACUGUGGUGAGAAAGUGACAUUGUGCAUCUCUGUGCUGCUUUCCCUCACUGUGUUCCUCCUCGUCAUCACGGAAACCAUCCCGUCCACCUCGCUUGUUAUCCCCCUGAUUGGCGAGUACCUUCUCUUCACUAUGAUUUUCGUCACACUCUCAAUCGUCAUCACCGUCUUUGUGCUGAACGUCCACUAUCGCACCCCCAUGACCCACACAAUGCCCGGCUGGGUUCGUACCGUCUUUCUCCGAGCUUUACCUCGUAUUAUGCUCAUGCGCCGGCCUCUCGACCUGUCUGAGUCUUCCGGAAAAGGCGCACUGGAGAGCGGGGGCUCAUCAGGGAGUGGAGCAGGAAAAGGAGGAGAGGGGAAGAAGAGGAAGAAUAGUGGAUCCCAACAGGGUGCAGUGAACUCUUUGGAGUUUGGAGAGGGAAAAGCUGCACUGGAGGGAAAGAAAGGGGGAUGCCCUUGUCACCCGAUGAAAGAGGCACCCGAGGGGGAUUGUGGGAAAGUGAGUCGUCAGUUGAGUCCGCAGGCCAUUAACACGGUCGUGGCUUUCUCCGUGGUGUCACCGGAGAUCAAACAGGCUAUCGAGUGUGUGAAGUACAUCGCGGAGAACAUGAGGAGCCGCAACAAAGCCAAAGAGGUGGAGGAUGAUUGGAAGUAUGUUGCCAUGGUGAUUGACCGCAUCUUCCUUUGGGUCUUUGUGCUGGUGUGUGUGCUGGGAACCGUUGGCCUCUUCUUGCAACCUCUCAUUGGCUUUUUCUCUUAGUUGACAAAGAAACUCAGAUGUACACCUGCUGUAAACCAAUAAGAGGCACUGAAUAUCUGUUUCAGCAGUCACUGACAUACUGUCGUAUUUAUUUAACAUAUAUAACAUAUGUUCUGUCAUCACUACAAAGCUGCACAACCCUAUACCGGUGUCUUUGUGCGGCUAGCUAAUCAGAUGUUCUGUUUCUCCUUCCACUUAGCAAUUAGAGAGAUAGAGAUGCUCUUUGCCUGGUAACAAUCAGAAGCCAUGUUUUCAUCCAAAGCUGCGAAUUAAGCUUAUGUGCAAAAUUGGAAUAUCGCAUAAAACAUUUGCGAAUAAGCACCGUUUCCAUCCAACUAGUCAACCGUCACUUCCUAAUAAACUGCCACUAAAUAUCAGUAAGAAAAGUAAGAGAAGCCACUGAAUAUAAUACUUUUCAUAUAUAAUAAUACUUGCACAAGCAGACGAUUACGAAACACAAUAAAUUCAGUGCAUUUGUGGAUUCCUGCUGUUUGGGAAACACAGUCGUGACAGUUCUAAGAGGCAAUUACAGAAAUACUUUGACAACUUUGCUCAGACAUUAAGAAUGACCAUCACAACAUUUCUGAUGCUGUGUAACAAGAUCAGUACUCUGGUUAGUAAGGUUAUGCCGUCUCAUAGUGCAGUUACGUGACUUUUUGGAGGAAUUUAUUCGGCAAAUGCGUUUACAUCUCCCAUUAUUCGCAUUAACCCUUUGACGCGAAAAUAAAAAACCUCAAGCGAGCGUAAAAACUUUUUUGCGAAUUAAGGGUUUUUAAUACGAAAUUUGGCAUUUCCAUCACUCGUUUCUCAUGCAAAACUUCAAAAUGCGAAUAAAACCAGAGUGAUGGAAACCCAGCAAGGUACUCUGAAACGGCCAUAGCUGAAGGUUCUAAUCACCGUCAAGUGUAAAGCACAAUUUCACUCACUACUUAACAGGUCUAAAUAUAACAGGUCAGACUGAUUGGUGGUUGGUUACCACAACUUACAAUUUACCUUUCACUACAUAGUUUGAUUAGACUUAUGUGACACUUGCCAUAUUUUAUGGCAAACGUAAAAAAAAAAAACGUUCAUCUCUUCUUAACCAGUUCUGAAAUUGAAUCUCUUAGUCUUAUGGGGGUCCCCAGCAUGUUUUUUUUUGAUUGGUCCAUUUAUAUAUAUUUGAUAAUAUGCAUACUGUAACUGUGAUAAUAUAACAUGUCAUGUUCUUAGCGCUCUUCAGAUUUAGAGGCAUUUACAUUUUUAAAGAGAUAUGAUUAUAUGAAAUGUGACAAGAAUUCUAAGAAUAGACUUAAGUCAAUUAUUGUAUGUAAUUAAAUCACAAAAUUGUGCAACUGUGUAAAUGUAAUCCGAUUUGUCAGAUUACUUUUACUGAAAUAUAUCUGGGGGACCCUCCAAGCAGAUCUGCCAAAUUUUAUUUUUUACUUCUUAUGGGGACUCCCUAAUGCCUUAAGGGGGUCUUGGAACCUCUAGGCCCCCCUCAUUUUGAGCCCUGCUCUCAACAAACUCAGGAAAAUCUGCGACAGAAAGUGGUGUUUCAUUACCAGUAAGAAUAGUGGAAAUCCAGUUUAAGACAAUAACCUGUAAUUUGGAACUCUUGGAUGAUAAACAAUCAGCUGUUGGUGAACGUAUAGAACGUAUAGAACACGCAGAAUGUGGUUGAUUUAUAAAUGACUUUAAAUUGUAGUAUGGCUACAUUCUAGAAUAAAAUCAACUAAUCUAGUUCCAUUUAUGGCAAAUACAUUGUGUUUAAGUUCAGUUUAAUUCUUUAUUUUUUACACUGAGUCUCAUCAUCUCAUCACUGAUACAGCAUAGGGAAGAUUUUCUGUUUUUAUUUUUUAAUGCAGAUGUAUCGUCUGUUUUAUUUGAGUUUAAAUCCUUAACUGUUUUAGUGCUAUUAAAAUGACUCACUUUCUGCCUGUCUUUCUCUGUCUUUCUCGCUCCAUCAGAGACGUAAUCCCCUCUUUAAUAUCACCAUUGCGAUUUUUUUUCCACUUCCCCUUGUCAGCUUCUGACAAUUUUGUAACAUGUUUUUAACAGAU